AUGAUGGUUCGAACCCGUAUUGUUGUUAUUAUUAUUACUCUUUUUUUACAACAAUACAUUGAUAUAACACAAGCAGUAACAUGCGCAAGUAAUCCAUGUAAUCUUGUACCCGGUGUCUUUGACCCAUUAAAUGGUUAUUGUUGUUAUGAUGUUCCGCCUAAUUAUGCACAUGCUUUAUGUACAUGUCCAAACAAUGUUACACCUGUGGUUAAUGCGCCUUGUCGUACUAAUAUAAAUCAAGCUCGUUGUACUAAACUAUGUGUUAAUGGUGGUGUAUGCAAUAUAGUGAGUGGCCAAGAAGUAUGUUGGUGUCAAUUAGGUUUUACUGGUCCAAAUUGUGAAGUUCAAGGUAUUCGAAAUCGUUGUUAUGCGGGUUUAUGCCAAUCUGGAACUUGUUACGAACAGGAAACUGGAGCAACUACAUAUGCAUAUUGUCAGUGUACACCUGGUUGGAGAGGAAUAACAUGCAAUCAAAAUUAUUUUACAUGCACACGCCAAGGUGUCUUUCCUGAUACAGCGCAAUGUGCUAUUGGUCGAUAUUUUUAUUGUCCUCAAGCAUUUGGUGCACCUACCGCUGCUCUUUGUCCACUGGGACAAAGAUUUAAUCGUCUAACAUAUCAAUGUGACAGCACAUAUCAAUGCACGUAA